AUAUAGGGAAUGAAAAGGAUGUAAAGCAAAGAAGACAUAAUUAAGGAUUAAUAUAUGAAAACUCUAACUUGCUUCUUACAAGAUAGCACUCUAUAUGAUUGCUUAUCUAUCAAUAAUCAAGUGACUGUGAUUGAUUAAUCAUUCUCUCUAUUUGAUGUUUUUAAUGUGUUUAUUGAUACGCAUAUUGAUGAAGUAUUGUUUUGGAAUCCAGAUGUAGCUUAUUAUGAUGGUGUAUUCACUUAAACAGAUUUGAUUCGAAUAAUCCUUAAAUGCUAUCAAAAUAUUCUAAAUGGUGUUCCUAAUGGUAAUCUCUAAUGCAUAUUUUAGUCAGUGUGGGGAAAUAGUAAAAUAUAGGUUUAGCCAAUAAUGGAAGAGGAAGAUGAAGAUCGUACUACUCCUGUGCAUUAAAAAUAAUUAAUAGGAUAAGAACAGAUAAAUAGAUUGCUGAUUGACUUAAGGACGAUUUCAGUAAGAGACUGGUUCAAUUCUUAUGGAGAAAGUCUUCAUUAAAUUAGUCUGGUCUAGGCAGACAUGGCUGAUAAUCUUAAUGAUGCAAUGAAGAAGAUAUUAAAGUAGGGUGUAACAAGAAUUGUAGUUAUUGAUACUGAAUCUAGAAUUAUUGUGGGCAUCUUAUAAUAAAAAGAUAUUUUAGCAUUUCUUGUAAAAGGGUUUAGUUAAUAUUUCCAUUUAUAAUUAUCAUAAAAAUCACAUAGAAUUGAAGUUCAUCAUGAAAAUAAUCAAUAAUCAGAAUAGCAUGAACUAGAAAUCAAUUACUUUAGUGAUAGGAUUUUAUAAUUGAAUGAUAAACUUCCUUUUGACACUAAUGUAUAUGAGUAAUCAUAUCUUUAUAUAUUUUUUAGUGUAUUCUAUAAAUUGAUCUAUGUAUUUAAACGUAAUGCUAUCCCCAUUGUUGAUAAUAACAAUAAGUAUUUAGGAUUGAUAGACAGAAGAGACUUUUUAUUUAUUCUCAAAUAUUAAGUAUUCGACAUGGUAUAACUCAAUAAUAUGAAUAGUUGAAUAGACCUGCUAUAGAUUUGUUGAACUUUAUUAAAGUUGAGAAAAAAAAGUUUGCAGGUUUUUGUAUAUGCAAUAAAGAACUAUUCCACAUGAAACAAACAUUAAAAGAAGUAUUAUCACAUUACAAUUAGGUUGUUGAAAAUUUAUUACUCUCUUCUAGAGGUAGUUUAGUUUGCUUGAAUGAAAGUUAAGAGCCAAUUGCUACAUUAUAAAUGUCUGAUCUCUUCAAAAUUUGUUUAGAUGAUAUCGAAUUAGAAUGA